AUUUUUCUUACCAUUUUGAUCACUAUGGGACGUAGCCGUACACCUUCACCAGGAAGAAGAAGAGAUCGAUCUCGAGAUCGAGAUCGGGAACGCGAACGAGACAGAGAUAGAAGAAGGAGACGUUCUCGUGAAAGGAGAAGAAGAUCUGUUGAACGGGAUCGAGUAAAAUCAAGAGAUAGAGAAAGAGACCGUGAUCGUGAACGAGAAAGGCACAGACGUUCAUAUAGUAGGUCCAGGUCAAGAGAAAGAGACAGGCCCAAACCUAAACUAAAACCCACAACAGAACGCCCUGUGAUCACAGAAGCUGAUCUUCAAGGAAAAACCCCAGAGGAACAAGAAAUGAUGAGAAUAAUGGGUUUUUGUGGUUUUGACAGUACUAAGGGCAAAAAGGUGGAAGGAAAUGAUGUGGGAGCUGUACACGUUAUUCUUAAAAGAAAAUAUAGACAGUAUAUGAAUAGAAAAGGAGGAUUCAAUAGACCGCUGGAUUUUGUAGCAUAAAAUUAUAAACCCGACAUUUUAACAAAACCUUUUGCAAUUUAUAGGCAUUCCUCAACCUGUUCGAGUUUUAU